AACAGGCCAGCAGAGACCAGCUCAGAGGUGGAUAAGUCAGCAUCACCCUCGGUGGCUCAGCUAGCAGGGAAAUUCAAAGAGCAAGCAGCCAGUAUCACUGGAAAAGAGGUACCACCACAUAAGCCAACUAGGAGGAAACCACCAUGCUCUCUUCCAUUGUAUUCCCACAAAACCGAGACAAGUGACAAUGAUGAGCAAAAGCGGUCUCCAAAUGCUUGCCCCAUUCCCAAGGUCAAGGUGAAAAGCUCUCCCAUGAUUGAAAAGCUGCAGGCCAAUCUGGCUUUUGCUCCAGCUGCUCUGCUGCCGGGAGCAUCUCCCAAAAGCCCUGGUCUGAAAGCCCUGGUUUCUCCGUUCAGCACCCCUCCCUCAACGCCCAGCAGCCCAGGGAUUCAGUCCCAGCCCAAUGAAGUGAAUGAGACGCCGGUCAGCUUUGAUCAACCCCCGGAAGGCACCCAGCUGCAAUUCUAUAACAAGGUGCGAACACGGGGAUCAAUAAAGCGCAGGCCUCCCUCCAGGAGGUUCCGAAGAUCUCUGUCCGAGUAUGGAGAUGGGGAAGAUUUAGGGGUCAAUGUCUCCUCUCCAGAAAAUGGUGCCAAGGAAGAUGGGGAUGAGGUGUUUGGGCCCAAGGGCAAGACAGAGGAGGCAGAAACAGGGAGCAAAGAACAAAAGAAACAGGCAGCUUCUGAUGAGAAGCCCCCAUCAAGGAGAGGAUCCCACAGAUCAGAAGAUGAAGAAAAAGGAGGAAAACAGGCGGAGGAAAUGUCUCCUUGCAAGAGUAAUUCCGGUGAAAUAAAGGAGGAGAAGGUGUGUCGUAGUGCCCCAGGGGAGGAGAACUCUUGCCAGCCUCCCUCUGGAGACAAGGAGGAGAAGGUGUGCGAGGGUCCCCAAGGAGAAGAGCAGGAAGGCAGUGCCUGUGAACAGGAAAAGGGGGGCAAGAAGAGGGAAGAAGAUGAAACUGAAGCUGAAGCGAAGGAGACCAGUGAGAGCACGGACACACAAAGAACACCAGACACUGAAGAAACACCACUGGCACCUGAACCACUGCAGGACACAGUGGGCUUAGGGACUGCCAGUGAGCCUUCAACAUCAGCCACGCAGGACCAAGGCACAGCAUAA